AUGUCUGAGGCUACCCAGGAACAUAUCCCAGUCCACAUGUUCGAAGCAAUCUUGAAGCGUGGAAUCCGAUUGGUCAGACCAGCGUUUGAUAGACCUAAGCACGGACGCUUCCUGUUUAAGUUUCUGCCUAUAGGAGGGGAGCAACUAGAUGGAGUCAUGGAAGAACAUAGUGUGUUCCCUGAUAACAGGAAGAACAGCGUGUUCCCUGAUAACAGGAAGAACAGCGUGUUCCCUGAUAACAGGAAGAACAGCGUGUACCCAGAUAACAGGAAGAACAGCGUGUUCCCUGAUAACAGGAAGAACAGCGUGUUCCCUGAUAACAGGAAGAACAUAGUGUUCCCUGAUAAGAGGAAGAACAGCGUGUUCCCUGAUAACAGGAAGAACAGCGUGUUCCCUGAUAACAGGAAGAACAGCGUGAAGAACAGCGUGUUCCCUGAUAACAGGAAGAACAGCGUGUUCCCUGAUAACAGGAAGAACAGCGUGUUCCCUGAUAACAGGAAGAACAGUGUGUUCCCUGAUAAGAGGAAGAACAGUUCCCUGAUAAGAGGAAGUGUUCCUGAUAACAGGAAGAACAGCGUGUUCCAUGAUAACAGGAAGAACAGCGUGUUCCCUGAUAACAGGAAGAACAGCGUGUUCCCUGAUAACAGGAAGAACAGCGUGUUCCAUGAUAACAGGAAGAACAGCGUGUUCCAUGAUAACAGGAAGAACAGCGUGUUCCCUGAUAAGAGGAAGAACAGCGUGUUCCCUGAUAACAGGAAGAACAGCGUGUUCCAUGAUAACAGGAAGAACAGCGUGCUCCCUGAUAAGAGGAAGAACAGCGUGUUCCAUGAUAACAGGAAGAACAUAGAAGAAAGCGUGUUCCCUGAUAAGAGGAAGAACAGCGUGUUCCCUGAUAACAGGAAGAACAUAGAUGUGUUCCCUGAUAACAGGAAGAACAGCGUGUUCCCUGAUAACAGGAAGAACAGCGUGUUCCCUGAUAACAGGAAGAACAGCGUGCUCCCUGAUAAGAGGAAGAACAGCGUGUUCCCUGAUAAGAGGAAGAACUUAGUGUUCCCUGAUAAGAGGAAGAACUUAGUGUUCCCUGAUAACAGGAAGAACAGAGUGUUCCCUGAUAAGAGGAAGAACUUAGUGUUCCCUGAUAAGAGGAAGAACAGCGUGUUCCAUGAUAACAAGAAGAACAGAGUGUUCCCUGUUAACAGGAAGAACAGAGAGUGUUCCCACGCCUAA